AUGCACGACGGAGAGGGCAAUGGGCUGGCAACGACAUACCUGGCGGCACACAGUGGACGUGCUGAACUGAGCUUGCCAAGCGUGCCCAACGGCCAUGUGGUGCGACCCAAGCAGACGCUCGAUGCGAGUGCGGUCAUCAAUACUGAGGCCCGCAACGCUUUCCAUGAGACGGAUGCGACGGCUGAAAAGGUGGUCGCCUCGCUGGCGGGUUCUGUCGUCACUCCCUCGCAGUAUGUGUACUCGGCGGCUGGCAAGGCUGCCAUUGCCCGCUCGGGCAUCCGCCCGCCGUCUGGCAGUGAUGGCGACGCCGGGCUCGACAGGCUCAUCCACCAGCUGACCGAGGACGACGAGAAUGGUGUCGUGGGAUACUUUUCUCGCACUGCGCCCAUCGAAGACGGCCGUCUCGGUGGAUCGCUCUCGGCCUACGCCGCUGCUGCCAACGCGUGGGAGGCAUCGGUGACAGAGGCCACGGCAGGCAAGGCGCUCGGCUUUGGUCGCUCUGCCAAGGAGGUCGAGGCCCAGAUCUCCGAGCUCAAGCGGCUCUCUACUCGCCCGAUCCUCAAGGCUGGCCGGCCGACCAUGCUCUCUACCUACGACGUGACAUUCAACAAGGACGACGCCAUCAGCGACGCCAUCGACGCCGCGCUCACCGCCCGCCUCGCCGCUCGGGCCCGCAACGCUGCCUCGUUUGUCGCCCCACCAGCCGCCGCCAGCGCGCCUGCUGGCACUGGCGGUAGUCAUGCUCCGGCCGCCUCCACCAAGCCGCAGCUCAACGAUCUGGUCCGCGACUCGAUGGUCCGCGGCGCCCUCGCCGAAGAGUAUGGCGAGCGUGUCGCCGAUGCUGCCCUACCGCUCCCGCGCGCAUGAUUCAUUCCCCACCCCCCACCUGGCAUAAAACCAUUCCCCC